UAUAGGAAGAUAAAAAAAUGAAGAAAGAUAAAAUUUUACUUUGUAUCAUUUGUUCUCGGCAAUUACAUGAAUAGGGUUUACCACGGAUAUCUCAUUCAACAUAAAAAUGAAUAUAUAUAAAUGUAUAUAUUAUAUAAAUGUGUGUGUGUGUGUAUGUAUGUAUAUAUACCAGUUUUUUAUUUACUGUAAUCAUAUACGUUCAUUAUUCAUUGCGGUCAGUGUUUCGCGAAUCGUCGAGGAGGAACAAUCUAGGCAGUAACGAUGGGAACACGUAAGAGAAUGUCCUCUUAUCGGCUUUGGGGCUCAACAGAAGACGGAGACAUCGAAUUUGAAUCGUUGACAAAUGAUACAUUAUCUGGUGCUCUUGACGUUAUAAGAAAAAGUUUUUUUACUCGAGAGAACGUAUGCAAAGGCGUAGAACUUAUAAAGGAACCUGGUGCGGCCGAUGAACUGAUAGAACUUUGUUUGAAUGCCGCUAAAGAUGGAGUCAGCGUUGUCGCCAUUGACGUAAAAAGCGGGGAGGUUGUUGGCGCGCUUUUCAAUAAAAUUCAGGUCGCUGGAAGUCCAACAGACAAGAGUUCGUUCGAACUUUUCAGCGAAAAUUGUAAAUACAAAUCGUCGAAGGCACUGGUAGACUUCAUGAUCGAUGUCGACGGAUAUAUAAAUCUUUUCAAGCAUUACAACGUUAAAUACAUUUUGGAAAUAAUGUUUUUAGCGACUUUACCGAAUUUCGGUAAACGUAGAAUAGGUGAACUUUUGAUUAGUUCCUCGUUGGAAAUUGCCAGGGAGUUGAAACGCGGCAAAUCCGUAAAGAUUCCGGUUACGAUAAAUAAUAACAAUUUUAUAGAAAAUUACGAUAUUAUUCCGACAUUGUCCUCGACUAUAGCAACGUCGGAUUAUUCGAAGAAGAUCUGUAUGAAAUUGGGAUUUGAAAUAUUGUUAGAAAGGAAUUUCGAUCAAUACGAAUUCAAUGAUAAGAAAUUUAGCGAUAAAAUCGAUGAGAAAAAUCAGACAUUCAUUGUAUUUGCUAAAAGAAUUUUGUGAACAUUUUGUUUUGUUUAAUGAAAUUAAAUGUGAAUUAAAUAAAAACUUAAAAAUAAGAUAAUAC